GCAGUGGCUUGGACGGAGCAGCAGCUGUCGACGUCAUCAAAACUUUCCUUUUGAGCCAAUAAACUGCCUAGUUUGUCUGCAAACUGCUUUCUUUGCUCUCGUUAAACUACGCGUUCAGGCGCUUACCCCACCUCUCUUCCUCCAACUGUCCUCUUUCUUUUCUUCCAGCAAAAAAUGACUUUAAAUGAGAAUGAGUACUAUGUGAAGCGCGUAGCAGGCCGGAAGUUCUUUCGAAAGAAGUGUUGCUACCUGAUUGAAUGGGAAGAUUACGCUCCUGAGGAUAAUACUUGGGAAGAGGAAGCUUGUCUUCUGGGCAAUACAUCUCUGGUGGUAGAGUUCGAACAGCAGCUGAUGCAGGAUUUUCCAGACCGCCCUAAUCUCUUGUAUACCCGCGAUCGUGUUGUACUCCGCAACACAUAUGAUCCAGAGCUGCCAGCAUCUGAAUCGCCUGCUCCCCCGCCUGGUCCUGAGCCGUUAGCUUCAAAAACCAAUUCGAAGUCGACAAUCGGCAAACGGUCAGCAGGUGAUAGGCCAAAGAACACCUCUCCCCGCAAAACGUCUCGGAAAACAGUAUCUCCGGAACUUGAGUACGAGAUUCCAGAAAAGGAGCAUACCCAUAAGCUAGUUCGCAAAUCUGAUACCCACAGUGUAUAUGAGGGAGUAUUUCCUCCCGUGGCUGUUGUCAAUACUGUUGACGGCGAUCCUUUCCCAACCGACUUUGUAUAUGUUGAUUCCCUUGUGUUCGGCGACAAUGUUUCCCCUCCAGAUCCCGCUUUUCUUAUCCAGUGCGACUGUGACGAGAAAGGAUGCUCCGGUGUAUGCCACGAUAAUGAAGCCAGCGUGUAUACUGCAGAAGGUCGCAUCAAGAUCCCUCAAGGCACGCCAGUUUACGAAUGCAAUGAAAGAUGCGGAUGUAGUAAACAUUGUCGAAACCGUACUGUUCAGCGGGGGCGCCAGGUGCCUCUUGAAAUCUACAAGACAUCGGCUAAAGGUUGGGGUGUUAAGGCAAUGGAGGACAUUCCUAAAGGCAUGUUUGUGGAGCAGUAUUUGGGCGAAGUAAUCAACAACCGUCAGGGAAAUUUCCGUGGCAAAUUUUAUGACAAGGCUGGUACAACAUACCUGUUCGAUAUGGACUUUGGAGAAAGCGUCGAAUAUGUCAUUGACUCGUUCUUGCUCGGAAACGCCAGUCAUUUCUUCAACCAUUCUUGUUCACCCAACUUGAGCGUCUACGCAGUCUACAGUGAUAGCAGCGACCCGAACUUCCACCGACUGGCUUUCUUCUCAAACCGUGCAAUCAAAAAGGGCGAGGAGCUGACAAUUGAUUACGAAGGCAGAAUCAAGGCUGAUGACGAUGUCAGCGUGCCACAGGGCAAACCUGGAAAAGGGACCUUUAGAUGUCACUGUUCCUCUCCAAAGUGUCGUAAAUAUAUCCAUGAGUAACAUGGAUCAUGACCCUAUAUCGUUUCAUAGUAAUGACCUGUUUUCAUUACUUCACCCUGUCAUAUCCGCUUUCAUUGUAUAUGUUGUCUCUGUAGUUCAAACUCUUAUUCCCAUUCCUCUCUCCCCCUCCCCAUAAUCAGCUUAGCAUGAGCCUUCUUUCAAAUCAUUCUUCCAUUCAUAUAUCAAAGUAAUAUCAUUGUUUUCUCUUAGCUGUUGCUACUUUACUAUGUGUGAAAAUUACGAUGCUGCAUUCGUCACUAUGCUACAGGAGGAGCCAACACAGUGGUCAAGUGACGGAACUUGAUUGUGGACAAAUCCGAAGCAGAGUAUGCACACACCUAUAGUUGGGAGCGCAGUGAAAUGGAGAUUAUCAUGGAAUCUAGAUAGAUGUCAACAGCAAGGGUGAGCUACUACAAGCACCUUGUAAGAUGU